CUUCCGUCCAAACCAUCAGAGCUACCGCAACAGUUAGGAAACAAAACCGAGUGUGCGCUGUUGGGUUUUGUUCGUCACCUCGGCGUGAAUUACGACGACAUUCGAGAGCAAUGGCCACAGGAGUCACUACUCAAGGUCUACACGUUCAACUCGGUGCGGAAAUCCAUGAGCACUAUUGUGAAGGAUUUUGAAGCUGAUCGUCCAGGUAUAACGGUGUUUACUAAAGGCGCAUCUGAAAUGGUGCUGAAAAAGUGCGAUUUUAUCUUAGAUGCAAACGGUGAACCUCAGCCAUUUACAACAUCUCAACAGGAAGAGUUUGUCCGAAAUGUGAUCGAACCGAUGGCGGGCGCUGGGCUAAGGACAAUUGGAAUAGCCUACAAAAGUUAUUUGAAACCAGGUAAUAUUCACGUUCAAAUCCAGCGUUUUCGUGCCAUAACUGGGAGGAGUACAGUCAAGACACCAAUAGGUGUUUGUGAUCAUAUAUUUUAUGGAGCUCGACUACCUGAACACCAUAUUCAAUUUUCUAGCAUUACUACAAAAUUAAAUCGACCGGACACAUUUGUUUAUUGUUAA